GCCCAGUAGGUGUACAGUAGCGGCUGCAGGCGGACGGAGCAGCAGCACAGCCGAGUCCUCCAUGGGAUCCCCGAGGCGGGUCGUGCAGACAGACUGGCUGACGUGAUGACGUUACCGGGAGAAGCGGCUCUCCUGCGGGCUGACAGCUGAUGGAGAGGAGUCCCUGCUCCUCCUCCUCUCAUACUGACAGCCGGCUUCCAAAGAAGAGGACACGGAGCUCAAACAUGACACACUGAACUGGAUAGAAAUGUUGCUCCCAAUGGAUUAAAUGCCGGAUUAUUAGUUUACAAAAUACAUUUUUUUAUGUGACAUGAGUAUGGAUUACUGAGGUUAUUGUCAUCUGUUGCCUUGUCAGUGUCAACAUCAGUAAGGCAUCAAACGCAUCAAAAUGACUUGAUGAGUGCCUUUUGUUGUGUAUGCAGCCCAUUUGGCUCUAAAUCUCCUGCCCAGUAAUGCUUGCAUUUUUAUUUUUGUGACCUUUUUUGUGCUUUUGAAGAGGUUUUGUCUGAUCAUCUUUAAUCAGUGUUACAAAUCUCCAAGAUUAACGAGUGAAAGCGCAAGUACUAUGCACAGUUGUCGCUGCCUCACACUCAACACAGAGACUGAAACCUCAGUGGAGGAGAGACACUCAUAAAGACUCUGCAGGUUGUUUUCUUCCACGGAGGGACGCAGAGAGCUGCAGGGAUGUUCGCCGCCGUGGAGCAUGGCCCAGUCCUCUGCAGCGACUCCAACAUCCUGUGCCUGUCCUGGAAGGGCAGGGUGCCCAAGAGCGAGAAGGAGAAACCGGUGUGCAGGAAGCGCUACUACGAGGAGGGCUGGCUGGCCACGGGGAACGGCCGUGGAGUUGUAGGGGUCACGUUCACAUCCAGUCACUGCAGACGGGACCGACCCACACCACAAAGAGUGAACUUCAACCUCAGAGGACACAACAGUGAGGUGGUGUUGGUGAGGUGGAAUGAGCCCUUCCAGAAAUUGGCCACAUGUGAUACAGAUGGUGGGAUCUUCGUUUGGAUCCAGUAUGAGGGCCGCUGGUCAGUGGAGCUGGUAAACGACCGUGGAGCUCAGGUGAGCGACUUCACCUGGUCCCAUGAUGGCACCCAGGCUCUCAUCUCAUACCGUGAUGGCUUUGUCCUGGUGGGUUCAGUGAGCGGACAGAGACACUGGUCCUCUGAGAUCAACUUGGAAAGCCAGAUUACUUGUGGUAUCUGGACCCCCGAUGACCAGCAGGUGUUGUUUGGUACCGCAGAUGGACAGGUGAUAGUGAUGGACUGUCAUGGGCGGAUGCUGGCACACAUUCUGCUGCAUGAGUCGGAUGGCAUCGUUGGCAUGUCAUGGAACUACCCCAGUUUCCUGGUCGAGGACAGCAGUGAGAGCGACACAGACUCCGACGACUAUUCCCCACCACAAGUGCACAGCCAGAAACCUCUGCUGACAGUUAGCUUCACCUCUGGAGACAUCAGCCUGAUGAACAACUAUGAUGACCUCUCUCCCACCCUCAUCCGCACUGGACUGAAAGAUGUGGUGGUCCAGUGGUGCUCACAGGGGGACCUCCUUGCAGUGGCAGGGAUGGAGAGGACCCUCCUCUCUCCAGACCCCUCCUGUCCUCCCACCGCCAGGAACGCCAUUGUUAAGUUUUAUAAUGUUCGGGGUGAACACAUCUACACACUGGACACACCAGCACAGCGCCCAAUCACUACCCUGUGCUGGGGUCACAGGGACUCUCGCCUGUUCUUGGCUUGUGGACCGGCGCUCUACGUCGUGCGAGUGGAGCACCGUGUUGCCAGCCUGCAACUUCUUUGCCAGCAGGGCAUCGCUACAGCAGUGAAGGAAGAGAAAGACGUUGCCAAGCUCACCAUGCCUUCCCGCCUCUGUUCUUACGUCACUGCCGCUUUUGUCCCGACCAUCAAGCCUCCCAUCCCAGAUCCCAACAACAUGCGUGAUUUUGUGAGCUACCCAACAGCUGGAAAUGAACGCCUGCAUUGCACCAUGAAGCGUACAGAAGAUAAUCCUGAGGUGGGGGGGCCCUGCUACACUCUGUACCUGGAGUACCUUGGGGGUCUUGUGCCAAUCCUGAAGGGCAGACGAAUAAGUAAACUACGGCCUGAGUUUGUCAUCAUGGACCCAAAGACUGAUGGGAAAACAGAUGAGAUUUACGGCAAUAGUCUGAUAUCUGCCAUGAUUGACAGCUGCAAUUGUUCCGACUCCAGUGACAUUGAGCUGAGUGAUGACUGGGUUGGCAAGAAAUCUCCAAAAAUAUCCAGGGGUAGUAAAUCCCCUAAACUGCCCAGAGACUUAGUUUGUCCCUUUACCAACAGGAUCAACAUUGAUCCCAGAAAAUCACCAAAACUUUCCCGCGCCACACAGGAGAUCUCCAGGUCACCAAGGUUACCAAUACGGAAACCUUCAAUUGGGUCACCCAGUCUAACACGGAGAGAAUUUCCUCUAGAUGACAUCACCCAGCAAAACUACCUAGCUCAGGUCACAUCUAAUAUUUGGGGAACAAAGUUCAAGAUUGUAGGGCUAGCCACAUUUUUGCCAACCAAUCUUGGUGCAGUCAUCUAUAAGACGAGCCUCCUCCAUCUGCAGCCCAGACAGAUGACCAUCUACCUGCCAGAGGUUCGGAAGAUCUCCAUCGACUACAUCAACCUGCCUGUCUUCAGUCCCAACGUCUUCAGUGAAGAUGAAGAUGACCUACCUGUCACAGGCCCUGCUGGUGUUGCUGACGAUAAUCCUCCCUGUACUGUCAACAUCCCCAUCGCCCCCAUUCAUAGUCCUGCCCAGGCCAUGUCCCCCGCUCAAAGCAUUGGUCUGGUUCAAUCACUUCUAGCUAAUCAAAAUGUUCAGUUGGAUGUUCUUACAAAUCCCACAGCAAGCCCAGCUGGAGCUGCUGCCAGUGGAUCAGACCAAAGCCAGGACACCAUCCUGACAGCCCAGUACACAGUUCCCACCAGGUACUCGAGUCCAGGGCAGGUCAUCUUUGGAGGACUAGAAAUGAGCCGACUCAUGGUUGGACCGCCACCUUCCCAUAAUCCUUCACAACAGCAGCAUCAACAACCAAGUCAUCAGCAGCAGCAACAUCAACAACAGCAACAGCUGCAACAUCAUCAACAAAUACAGCACCAUCAACAACAGCUUCAGCAACAACAGCUUCAGCAUCAACAGCAACAACAGCUUCAGCAUCAACAGCAACAGCAGCUUCAGCAUCAACAGCAACAGCAGCUUCAGCAUCAACAGCAACUCCAGCAGCAGCAACAGCAGCAGCAAAUGCUCCAGCACCAGCAACUACAACAACAACAACUUCAGCAACAGCACAUUCAGCAGCAGCUUCAACAUAUACAGCAGCAGCAGCUGCAGCAGCACAUACAGCAGCAGCAACAAAUUCAACAGCAACUGCAACAACAGCAGCAAAUACACCAUCAACAACAGUCACAGCACCAUCAUCCACUUCAGCAGCAGCUCCAAAUUCAGAUUCCUGUUCCUUCUGUGACACCAGGACAGCCUUCAGGGGCAGCUGUGCACCAGCUCCAGCCAGGGGCGCUGCAGAUCCAGAUCCCCCAUCCACCUGCUGAUUUAGUGGUUGAGAGACCAGUGGGAGGUGAACAUGAGCAUUUACUUAAAAUAAAGACCACUCGAUCAGCUUCACAGCUGGCCGAGGGUGAUACCGUGGUGUUCAGUGCCCCUCUGGAGCUCAGUAAGAUGAAUCCUCCACCCCCCUACCCCGGGACAGUUGCUGCAGCUGUGGCUGCUGCAGCUGCUGCUGCCUCAGCAUCAGCCUCCACUACUGCUCCCAGUGCUGCAUCUGGAACAGGAGGAGGAGGCAGCACCAGUGGUACUCCUCCCCCUAGUGACCUUUGUCUUAAGAAGGGUGAUUUCCCACUUUAUCCGUCAGGUCAGCAACAAGCGCAGUACCCCACACCACUGGGCUACGAGAGAAUAACAACUUUUGACAGUAGUGGGAAUGUGGAGGAAGUAUGUCGCCCUCGAACACGUCUUGUCUGUAAUCAGAAUGUGUAUACACUCCAGGGACCUGGCAGCUCUGCCACUCUCAGGGUCACAUCCUCUUCCUCCUCCUCAGCUGAUGGCAAGAAGAUCCAGAUGCCCUAUACCUCUGCCACUCUCAACCGACUUACUGCACCUCGUUACUCUAUACCCAGUGGAGACCCUCCCCCAUACCCUGACCCAGCCAAUCAGAACACUGCUGCUGCUAGCCGGAACAUUGGUCUAAGGCUUGACAGCAAUCUAAUCCACGCCACUCUCAGGAGGAACAGCAGAGAGGCUGCUCUCAAAGUUUCCCAGAUGCUGGAACUGCCAAGACCACUGCCUCCUAAGGCUAAAAACAGUGGUGCAUUAGCAGCCUCUCUCCAGCAGAGAGUGCCAACAGCCUUAUACACUUGUAGUCAGUGUAGCAGUGGAUCCAGUGUUGGAGGCACUGCUCCUGGGAGUGCUAAUGGAAUAGCAGGAGGGACUAUUAUCAGACAGGAUUUUCCUCCUGGCAAUGGAGCACCACACAGCACAGUUAUCGUUCAUUCCAACAGCACUACACCUUUGGCAUCCCAGUCCUCUUACAACCUGCUGAGUGCUCUAGAAGGAUCAGGGACUGGAGCCGGAGGAGCAAGAACAGAAAACAGAGACAGGGCAGACUAUGUUAAUUCAGCUUUUACUGAAGAUGAGACACUGAAUCAGUCUCUGAGGCAUCUGGCACUAGGAGGAAAUGAUGCAUCAGGGCUAGUCGUCAAACGGCCUCCUCCUUACCAGUGGGACCCAGCUGCAACAGAGGAGGUGUGGGUUCCUCAGGAAAGGACAGCAACGCUGAACCCUACUGGACCGCCCGGGCCCCACAAACCCCCCCCACUUAUUCUUAGCCCAACUCAGCACUUGGAUGUGUCCAGGCUGCCUUUUGUCCUUUCUCCAAAGUCCCCCACUAGUCCCAGUGCUGCAUCAUUUCAAGCUGCUGCAGCUGCUGCAGGCUAUCAAAUCUCUCUCCAGUACCCUCCAGCAACUGCCUAUUCGGGAGCUCAGCUCCAGCCCAUUGCAACAUCACCACGCCCCUGCUCCUCCCCAAAGGAGGUGGUUGCACCAGUACCCUUCUCACAGCAGGAUGCCACCAUUGUCUUACCACCAGGUUACUCUGCAAACCUGGCAAACCUUGCCUGUUGUCCUCUCCCGCCCAUGUAUCCAGGAGGAAGCGCUUGUGCUGGGCUUCCUAUUCCCCCUAUUGCCCUUCACACACCGUGGGGUACUUAUAACCCUUGUCCUCCUAUGCCCAGUCCUGCAGUACCACUGCCACCCAAAGCCUCCCACAUGGCAGUGGACAAAAAUGUUCUCUCACCCCCUCCUCCUCCCCCUCCUCCUCCGCCCCCCCCUCCACCACCAGCAGAGCUGCAGAGCCAUGGGGGAUUACAAGAGGCCAUGGCAGAAGCUGGGGAAGCUUUUCAAGAGGUGCUCUCCUUGACUGAGAGCCCUGUGCCACAGCGCUCUGAAAAAAUUAGUAAAAAGAACCGUAAGAGGGUGGAUGGUCGAGCUGAAGAAGGUAAUGUGCCACCAUUAGCUGAAGGGAACAAAUCAAAAAAGGAAGGCAGAGCUCUAGGUGAUUUCAAUUCUCUCAUCUCCAGUCCACGGCUGGGAGGGAGGGACAAGAAGAAGCCGAAGGGACAAAAAGAGCAGCAGUUGAAGGCUAAGAAGCUGAGUAAGGCCACUGCCAACAGUGAGUUCCAGGAUAGUUCAGAAAGUGAGCCAGAGCUCUUUAUCAGUGGGGAUGAGCUUCUCAACCAGUGCCAAAGCGGUAAGAAGGGCUGGAAGAGUAAGAGAAACCUUAGGGCUGCCACUGAGUUGGAUGAGAUCAAGUGUCGAAAGGCCAACGAGAAGGAGGACAGGGGACUGGGCAGCCAGGGAUUUGUGUAUGUCAUGGCCAACAAACAGCCACUGUGGAAUGAAGCCACACAGGUCUAUCAGCUGGACUUCGGCGGACGUGUCACGCAGGAGUCUGCCAAGAACUUUCAGAUUGAACUGGAAGGCAGACAAGUGAUGCAGUUUGGCAGGAUUGAUGGCAAUGCCUACAUCUUGGAUUUUCAGUAUCCCUUCUCUGCUGUGCAAGCCUUUGCAGUGGCUUUGGCCAAUGUCACUCAACGCCUCAAAUAAGAUGUUUGAACCCUGAGUUCUAUCUGGGAUUUAAGUGAAAUCUGUCAAAGGGGCACAGUUGUUUCAUUUGAGAUUAAUGAUAUUUGUGUUUGGAGAGAGGACUGUAACAACAGCCCUGAUCAUAGAGAUACAAUCACGCUGCACUACACAAUGCUGCCACUAGAUUUGGUGCAACAAGUGUUGGCAUUUGCUAAGGAUGCCCUCAAUUUGCUCCAUUUUGGCAGCGAUUGGCACCUUGCAGUGCAUGUAGGGCCAAAGAGCUGAGCUUUGGUAAUCAUCAUGCAAAUAAAUGCUGCUUUAGGUAGAAAAACUUUGUAGAGAGAGGAGCUGUUGAAGCGCAGUUUUCUAAAGAAGCAGCAGUUAUACUUGAAAAACCACACUCUGGAGAUUAAAGUUGCUUUUCUCAGAGCGCACAGGUACUACUGGGCACUGAAAUCCAUUGCUGUACAAACCUUCAGUGAAAUGGUUACCACUUUAUUAUACUGCUUUUGCUUUUAGGAUUUUAUUAAAUGACUAAGUGUGCUGGAGGGUAGGAGGGUCUUUUUGUUUUUUGCUCUCUGCCAUUCCUUUUGUUACUAUCUCAAGCUAUCUGGGCUUGUAUUGAGGUUUAGAUAUAUGCAUAAUUUAGCAGCACUACUAUAUAUUUUCACACGUUUCACUGGUGUGAAAGGUGUCACUGUUAACUUGGGAAGGUGAGGAGGAAGUAGAGCUGGGAUGAACUGCAGUCUUUUACAUGUUUUCCUGGGACUUUGAAGGAAGAAGAAAUAUUACUCUUCUACAUGGAUUAAUUUAUAUGUGCAUUUUGUUGUUUAUCUAUUUUAACAUUAUUGUCAUUGUUUGUGAGCUACAAUCUUCAUACCUGUUGACAGUUUUUGACCUACCUGCUUUAUUUGGGAGACUGGUGGCUGAGUUUAAACAUUGCUGUGUUAUCUGGAGAAAUCAGGUUAGAGGAUUGUACAGAAAGCUUUGACUGACAUAUCCUGUAAUGAACAGAAUAUCUACAUACGGUGACACGAGCACAAAAGUCGCCAUGGCCUGGAUUCAACAUCUUAACCUCUGGCAUGAAGUGAUGUGUCACCUGCUGUCACUUCUGUGAAGUGAGUGUGUAGUUGGGGGGGCUGUCCCUGCUCUUAAAGCCCACACUUAACACAUAAGCAAGGUACAGGAAAUAUUUUUAUAUAUUUCACCUAUGCCAUUUCAUACUCUUUCAGAAGUUGUGUAAAUACAUAUCGGUCAUGUAAAUCUUGUAAAGAGACCAGGGUGACUUUGACAGAUGUCUGUUUACACCUGUCUCCACUGUGUUUUUAGUUUAUUUCAGGUGUGGCGCAAAGCUGUAAUAGUGUUUAACUGAACAGCUACACAUACAGAAAAACAGUUGAGAUGAAUUUAUUUUCACUGAAUAUUUGAAGUCAGAACUCCAAUGAAGGCUGAAACAAUAGAAAUCAUUUCAUUAAUUAAGCUGAAAGUAAAAUCUGUAAAGCUGGUUUCUUUUUCUUUUUGGAAGUGAAGCUUGUGUCCUCUGAGGACACACUGUGGGGUCGACUGAGAGUUAUAACAGGAAGAAAUGGUCAGGCACGUUACAAAUACCUGCAGCAGACUUUAUUAGUAUAAGAACACAAUCAGAAUUUCUCAGAAAACUGUUGUAAUGCAGGUGUGAUUGGGUCAUGAUAAAUGUGCCAAAAUAUAUUACUUAUCAUUUAAAGUUGAGGGGGAAAAAAAUGGGCCCUUAAGGAAGUGUUAAUGCUAUAAAGAAAGCAGUCACUUUGGAUCGACUCUGUCUUGGUCUUUGAAUUUUUGAAUGAGAUUAUCACAUUGUUUUCUGUGGUCUUUCCAUCGUACAUUGAGAUGCAUGUCUGUCAGAGGUGGGAGUAGGGUUGGGGAAUGAAAAAAGUCUACUGUUCCUUAAAAAAAAAAAAAGAAAAAAAGAAAAGAACAUAAGCAUGGCAUAAAGAAAAUAAUACAUCUUUUUU